AUGUUCAAAAAGAUUAGAGAUAAGAUUCAUCCAACAUACAAUCCUGAGGGCAUCACGUGGACCAGACGCAAGUCUGGUCCACAAGUGGUAGCCGAAGUACCAGUUGUUGUCGACAAGAAAACUGGACAGAACGGCAAGGCCAAGAGCAAGAGCAAGGAUAAAGCUGCCGGUGCACUACCUUGUCAUGACAGAUACACAGAAGAGCUCGAUGUCGAGCUCGUUGUGAAACAGCUCAGUUUGGAAGACGAACUGAAAUUGGUACAUGAUGUAGCGAUGGAAUCCAUCGUUGCGUCUGACAUUUCAUCACCGUCGUCUUCAUCGACAACAACGGCUUCCUCUGACAAAAAUGCUAAACACGUGACAUCCAAAGCUUCGUCUACCGUUCCGCCCCACAAACAAAUUACCGGCAAUAACGCCGCCCCAUCACGUCGGGUAACAAGUAUGUAUACAAUUUUCAAUUUGGAACUUUUUUUCCGACCCCCUUUCCCUAUCGGCACCCUUUGCUCCAUUUGUCCUUGA